AAAAGGGCCGUCACCACAACUUUGGCUGCCAGGAUGCCCUUGCUUUGGCUGAGAGGAUUUUUGUUGGCGAGUUGCUGGAUUAUAGUGAGGAGUUCCCCCACCCCAGGAUCCGGGGGGCACAGCGCAGCCCCGGACUGCCCGUCCUGUGCGCUGGCCACCCUCCCAAAGGAUGUACCCAACUCUCAGCCGGAGAUGGUGGAAGCCGUCAAGAAGCACAUUUUAAACAUGCUGCACUUGAAGAAGAGACCCGAUGUCACCCAGCCGGUACCCAAGGCGGCGCUUCUGAACGCGAUCAGAAAGCUUCAUGUGGGCAAAGUGGGGGAGAACGGGUACGUGGAGCUGGAGGACGACAUCGGGAGGAGGGCGGAAAUGAAUGAACUCAUGGAGCAGACCUCGGAGAUCAUCACCUUCGCGGAAGCAGGCACCGCCAGGAAGACGCUGCGCUUUGAGAUCUCCAAAGAGGGCAGUGACCUGUCCGUGGUGGAGCGCGCCGAAAUCUGGCUCUUCCUGAAAGUCCCCAAGGCCAACCGGACCAGGACCAAAGUCUCCAUCCGUCUCUUUCAACAGCAGAGGCGCCCGCAAGGCAGCGCGGACGCAGGGGAGGAGGCGGAGGACGUGGGCUUCCCGGAGGAGAAGAGCGAAGUGCUGAUUUCGGAGAAGGUGGUGGAUGCCCGGAAGAGCACCUGGCACAUCUUCCCCGUCUCCAGCAGCAUCCAGCGCUUGCUGGACCAGGGCAAGAGCGCCCUGGACAUCCGGACUGCCUGCGAGCAGUGCCACGAGACCGGCGCCAGCCUGGUGCUGCUGGGCAAGAAGAAGAAGAAGGAGGAGGAGGCGGAGGGGAGGAAGAGGGACGGAGAGGGGGCGGGCGUGGACGAGGAGAAGGAGCAGUCGCACAGACCUUUCCUCAUGCUGCAGGCCCGCCAGUCCGAAGAGCACCCCCACCGCCGCCGCCGGCGGGGCCUGGAGUGCGACGGCAAGGUCAACAUCUGCUGUAAGAAGCAGUUCUUUGUCAGUUUCAAGGACAUCGGCUGGAACGACUGGAUCAUCGCUCCGUCCGGCUACCACGCCAACUACUGCGAGGGCGAGUGCCCCAGCCACAUAGCGGGCACGUCGGGCUCCUCGCUCUCGUUCCACUCGACGGUCAUCAACCACUACCGCAUGCGCGGCCACAGCCCCUUCGCCAACCUCAAGUCGUGCUGCGUCCCCACCAAGCUGAGGCCCAUGUCCAUGCUGUACUACGACGACGGGCAGAACAUCAUCAAGAAGGACAUCCAGAACAUGAUCGUGGAGGAGUGCGGGUGCUCCUAGAGCGCCGGCCGGGGCCCGGGGCCCGGGGCCCGGGGACGACGGCGGCCACGCGAAGACACGUUUACGGCCUCUGACCUAGGCGACCGCAAACAUGGAAAUGAACAAAAAUAACCAUAAACUAAAAACAAAACCUGAAACAGAUGAAGGAAGACGUGGAAAAAUUCCGUAGCCAGGGCUCGGCGAUGACACCGUGAAGGAGACGGGACUCGGGGGGGAGGGAGAGGCAGAACGUGGGGGCGGGGCGGGGGGGGACGACCCUUCCUUUCUUCCUCCAGCAUCGGAGUGGGGACAGCAGUUGCUCCAACGGGAAUAUUGUCCUCUCCUUUUCAGUUCCCUGUCAGUGUGAGCCUCGAAGUCAGCUUGUCUGGUCUGCAGCCAUGUGGGCUGGCACAACCCAAAUAGCGUCUAGAAAGCCAUGAGUUUGAAAGGGCCAGUUAUAGGCACUUUCCCACCCAGUAACCCAGGUCGUAAGGUAUGUCUGUGUGACCCUCUCUCUGUGUAUAUCAGCCCAUGCACACACCUACAAAGACACACACACACACACACACACACACACACACACACAAGGAAUUCCCUAGGAGCUCCCGUCGUGGCUCAGUGGUUAACGAAUCCAACUAGUAUCCAUGAGGUUGCAGGUUCCAUCCCUGGCCUCGCUCAGUGGGUUAAGGAUCUGGCAUUGCCGUGAGCUGUGGUGUAGGUUGCAGACGCAGCUCAGAUCCCACAUUGCUGUGGCUGUGGGGUAGGCCAGCAGCAACAGCUUCGAUUCCACCCCUAGCCUGGGAAUCUCCAUGUGCCCUGGGUGAGGCCCUAAAAAAAAAAAAAAAAAAUGAG